CUCUGUUCUGAGAGGUGAGGAAGGGAGACAGAGCCACAGCGAGACAGGCACACAGGUACAGGCACACACUACCAGCGGUAUCUCUCUCAUCAGGCAUCAGGGCUCAAGUCAGCUACACACUACGCCAUGGCUGGACUCAUCAGGCGCAUGACGUCGGCAGCCGCCGAGUGGCUCUCGUCGUACACCAGGGCCGACGAAGCCUCCAACACCAGCAAGUUCAAGACCUUCCAUCCACCCGAGGUCUCGUUUGCUCCACCAGCGUACAAUGCUGUGGCACUGCUGCGGUGGGCAGGAAGCCGGACAUCGACGUAUCGGUUGGUUGUGGGCGGGUACAUCAUCAACGAGUACGGCUCGUCGCUCCACGGCGUCUCGUCAUCGUCCAAGACCUACACCUCGAUGCUGGAGGACUACGAGCGCGCGGUUUGGCUUGAUCCACUUGUUGCCGCCUAUAUAUCGGCGCCGCCACUGACUGGACCGCCGUCGCCGGCCACCUCGCAGUUCCUCAGCCCGAUCCGCAAGUACAUUCUCCGCAAGGAUCUGCCGGGCUAUCUCUCGGCCCGGACGACGCUCGCCACGCCGCCGGCCGACCAGGUCCUGUACUUUGCCAUUGCGUCUGGCUUGCUUGACUUUGUCGAGUUUGUCAAGACCGGCGGCUCGCUGAUGACUAUCCGUGACUCGCUCGGCAACACACCGCUGCACAUCGCCAUCGAGCUGAUCGGCGAUCCUGAGUUUGCGGCUGCCGAUCCGGCCCAAAACAUGGCGCUUGAGCUUGAGCUCGAGAUUGCGGCCGAGGCCGUGGCCGAGGCUGAGACUGAGGCGAGCGCUUCUGCCGGCGCCAGCACCAGCGUCGCACCUGCUGCCCAGCAUCCGGUGGCGCCGCCCACGUCACCGGGUGCCGGCCUGGCUGUCUCGUCCAAGCCGUUGCCCAGCUCGCUUGAUCCGGAUCUGCACCCGCUGUAUCUGUGGCUCCUCCGAGCGCUGCUUGCGGAUCCCGCGGUGAAGGGCGCGAGCGGCCUUGCCGCCGAGCUCUCGGUACCAAACGCGGCCGGCAACACGGUGGUCCACGUCGCGGCCUCGCUCAACGAGGCUGCGAUUCUCAAAUCGCUCGUUCUCCACGGCGUCGCUCCAGAGACUGAGAACAGCAAGGGCGAGGAUGCCAUGCGGGUUGCAGUCGAAGCUGCCGCUGUCUCGUGUGUCCGGCAGCUGGUGCUGCUUGGCCACGGCGGGAGUCGGGCGCUCGACUGGUCAAUGGCGGCGGUGUCGGACCACGUGGCGACACUGGCGGCACUGGAAGGUGAGCUGGCCAAGGCUAACGAUCCGACGAUUGCCAAGCGGAUCCGCAAAAAGAACAAGGUCCUGCCCAAGGUCCGACAGGUGGUCAGUUCUGUGUGCACACUCCUGCAGCUCGGUGCCCCUUUUGAACCACGGCACGUGGAACAAGCUGCGGCGUUGGGCUCGGUCGACCUCUUGCGUGCUUUUGUGGUCUUUGGCGGCAUGACCGGCGACGAUCCGCGGUUCCGGCCGGCACUCGUCGCCAUUGUCGAGUCGAUCCGCAACGCUCUGCCGAGCUCUGGUGACCUCGUCCGGCACUAUGCCUGCCUCCACGCCCUUGUCGACGCUGGGCUUAACAUCGAGUGGCUCCUGACCUCGGAUGAGUCUCUGCUGGCACACGAGCAGCUUCUUGCAGCGCUGCUUUCGUUCCAGGAAGAGCCGUUUACAGCAGACGAUGCUGCGGCGCUUCUUGCGUCACGGUCAGGAAGCGCGAACGUGCUCGCACUAGAUGGCGGCGGCAUCCGUGGGCUCAUUCUGGUCGAGCUCCUGCGCGAGCUCAUGGCCGAGUGCAGCGCGCUGUGUUCGCGCGGUGACGCGCUGCAGGUCACAGACGUCUUUGACGUUCUCUGCGGGACAUCGACAGGGGGGAUCCUGGCGGCAGCGCUUGGCAUCAAGGGCCUCUCGCUCGACGACUGCUCGCGGCUGUACUUUGAGUUUGCCGCCGAGGUCUUUGCACGGUCGGAUCCGCCGUACGAGCCAGCGCGACUGGCAAGCAUUGUGGACUCCCUAAUUGGCAAGGAUGUGAUGAUGUCGAGCUUCACGGCGUCGCGGGUCUUUGUGGUUGCGACCAAUGCGACGCUACUUCCGCCAUCCACCUUCCUCUUCCGCAACUACGAGACGUCGUCAAAGUUUGCCUUUGAUGGCACUGCCGCUGGCACCGUGACCGACGCGCUGCUGGCGACGGCGGCGGCGCCGACGUUCUUCCCGCCGCAUCCGUUCCAUGACCCGGUCUUGCACCGAGACCUCGUGCUCUGCGACGGAGCGCUGGUGUACAACUCGCCGGUCAUCCCGGCGCUGCUCGAGACGGCGGACCUCGACGUGGCGCACGUGGUCAACCUGGGGACUGGGACGGCGCGGGCGCGCGGUCCGCGCUCUGUCGACGACCUCUCGCCGCGGAUCAUUCCCAAGAUUCUGCACUCGUCGGGCGGGUCAGGCUCGACGGUCAACCGCCUGGCGACGUCGCUGGUCUCGGGCAAUCUGCACAUGCGCGAGAUCAAUGCGUUCAAGAACGUGAUGGAGACGUUGACGUCGGCAUCGUUUGCGGCCAACGAGACACAGGCUGUCGAGUACAUGGCGGCGCAGCAGCACUCGGCGUUCAUGCGGUUCAACCCGUGGCUCUCGGACGCGCCGCUUGACGAGGGUGACCUGGUGGUCAUCGUCUCGCUCAUGUGGGAGGCGCGAUGCUACGCGCGGACGUCGCGGCCGCGACUUCGUGCGCUCGCGGCUUCGCUCAUCGCCUCUCGUCCAGAUCUGUGAAGUCAUGGUGCUACAGUCGUUUGGCUACUUGAUGGACUCUAUCUCACCGCUGUUGACAGUAGCGGGAGGCUGUGGCCGGUGCGCGAUGGAAGCGCGCGCAAGCCGGCAAAGGUACAUUAUGCG